UGCCACUCUUGCCGUCAGCCCAGCCUCAGCCCUUAACCUGCAAAGUCUUUGGCCACUGCUCUCUCUUAGAUAUGUCUACAGUCGGCUCAGUGACCAGGCAGAUAGCUGCUCUGGAAAUAUCGAACUCCAACUCUCGGGCACCGGCGUCAUCGGGCACUCGGCCCGCACACUCGAAACAGCCCAGCCAGCAGAAUGUCGCGAAAAUGCUCACGAAGUUCGCUGCGCCGAAUGCGCAGGGCAAGGGAAACAUUUCUAAUCUCCCCCCACCUCCGUCUUCACGCUCCCACGCAGCGCCUGUCGUGGACAUCGGGCGUUAUGAUGGCGGGCUGGAGAUUGAGAAUGAGAAGCGUGGGACGGCGGUUUCUGGCGAGGCCGCGGCGGAUUUGGCUGUGGACUCGAGUCUCUCACACAUCUACCCUACCCAGGAAUGGUCGCUGCACUCGUUCGAUAUGGGCCGGCCGCUCGGAAAAGGCAAGUUCGGCAGGGUCUACAUGGUCCGCACCAAAACCGCCCCCAAUUACAUCCUUGCUCUCAAGACACUCUACAAGUCGGAGCUUGUCGCAAACAAAGUCGAGAAGCAGACCCGUCGGGAAAUCGAGAUCCAGCAGAAUCUGCGGCACCCCCACAUUCUGCGACUGUUCGGCUACUUCCACGACGAAAAGCGCAUCUUCUUGAUGCUCGAGUUUGCGGGGAAGGGCGAGCUGUAUAAACAGCUCAGCAAACACGGAUCCUUCUCCGAGAGGAGGAGCUCCCGAUACAUCGACCAAAUGGCGGAUGCACUGAUUUACCUGCACAGCAAGCAUGUUAUCCAUCGGGAUAUCAAGCCGGAGAACCUUCUUCUUGGUAUCAAUGGGGAGCUCAAGAUCGGCGACUUUGGGUGGUCGGUCCACGCCCCCGGGCUGAGGCGGAUGACACUUUGCGGCACCUUGGACUACCUACCACCAGAGAUGGUUGAGGCGAAAGAACAUAAUGAGAAGGUGGACUACUGGGCUCUGGGCGUCUUGACCUACGAGUUCGUGAUCGGUGCUCCUCCCUUCGAAGAUCGAGGCAGCGUUACAAAUACCUACAAACGCAUAUCGAAAGUGGAUCUCAAGUUUCCUGCGGGCAUUUCCCCGGAAGCCAAAGAUCUCAUUGCAAAACUUCUCAAGCAUGAACCCAAUCGCCGUUUACCGCUCACUGAGGUGCUCAAGCACCCCUGGAUUGUCAAGUAUCGCCCUAGAGAUACAGAAGAGGGUCGUGCUUGAAGUUUAACAUACAUUCGCAUCUUCAUCAUCCCGUUUUCAUCCACACUCGCACUGGGACUCUUGUAAACUGCAUCGCGUCUAUACAUAUGUAACUUAUUCUCAGCUGCACUUCGACGGAGCUGUCGUCCCGAGCCCCAAAAAUUACGAUACUACGCAGCCCUGAAGUCACGUGUUUCAUCAACCUGCUUUCGACCAUGGGGGGCAAAGCACCAGCCACGAAAAUCCCCAGCGCCCCGCACACCUCUCGUCCUGCGAGCCCAAAAAAGGAUGUCGCUGGGCUGCCCCAAGCCGAUCCGUAUUCGUACUACCGCGACGUGCACAUGGACACCGCAAAGGGAUUCACUGCGACCGGGUUUCCCGACGUGCGGAUGGCCACCGCUAAAGCGUUCAAUCCGGACAUCCUGAUGGACACGGCGAAGGGCGACAAGACCACCGUCAAGGGCGGCGGGCUGAAGAUCUGGGAGCUGGAACUGAUCGAGAAUCCGGAGAUCAAGCGCAAGGCGACCGUUGCCCAGCUAUAUUUCCUUGAUUACUACUUCCAGAGCCUCGGGUACCUGCACUCGCGCAAGGAGCGGCGUGCGAAGUUCGACAAAGACACCGCCGCGCGGGACCUCAAGGCGGUCGAGUAUGCGAAGGAGUUCAAGUCGUACUGUGGGCGCGAGCGCGUCCUGCUGCGGCGUCGGCGGACGAAACUCAAGGUGGAUCAGUUCCAUAUCAUCGCACAGGUCGGACAGGGGGGGUACGGCGAGGUGUUCCUGGCGCGCAAGCAGGAUACAGGGGAAGUGUGCGCGCUGAAAAAGAUGCGCAAGCGCACUCUGUUCAAGAUGGACGAAAUUCGCCACGUCCUCGUUGAGCGUGAUAUCCUCACCGCGACCAAGACGCCCUGGCUUGUCAGGCUUUUGUACGCGUUUCAAGACCCGGAGCAUGUCUAUCUCGCUAUGGAAUAUGUCCCUGGAGGCGACUUCCGGACGCUGCUCAAUAAUUCGGGAGUUCUUAAGGAGGAGCACGCUCGAUUCUACAUCAGUGAGAUGUUCGCUGCUGUCAACGAGCUGCAUAAACUGGGCUACAUCCAUCGGGAUCUGAAACCGGAGAACUUCCUUGUGGAUGGAACGGGACAUGUGAAGCUCACUGACUUUGGGCUGGCGACUGGUGCCCUCAAUCCGAAACUGAUCGAGUCUCUGAAAAUCAAGUUGGACAAAGUGAAAGACAAUCAAGUUGUGCAUCGGUCCACUCUCGAGCGCCGAUCCAUCUAUCGUUCCAUCCGUAAUGAAGAUGCUCGUUACGCAGACUCCAUCGUCGGAUCACCGGAUUACAUGGCCCCGGAGGUACUUCGUGGCAAGCCCUACAAUUUUUCAGUCGACUACUGGUCCCUGGGAUGCAUUUUGUUCGAGUUCUUGGCUGGAUUCCCUCCGUUUUCGGGCGGCACACCGGAGGAGACAUGGACCAAUCUCAAGAACUGGUCCACUGUGUUGCGCCGUCCCGAAUACGACAAACCUGAGGAUCUAGUGUUCAAUCUGACGGAUGUAGCUUGGGACGCUGUCACCCAACUCAUUGCCCACUCGAGCACCCGGUACGCGUCACUGAAUCAAGUCGGCGGGCAUCCGUUCUUUGCCGACACCGAGUGGGAGGACUUGCGGUCCGUCAAUGCGCCCUUUGUCCCUGCACUGGAUUCGGAGAUUGACACGGGCUACUACGAUGACUUCACGUCUCCGGAGGACAUGGCGAAGUACGCUGAGGUGAAGGAGAAACAGCGGAACGUCGAUAAUGUGAAGGAGAAGGAGGAAGGAUUUGGUCGAGGUGUCUGGGUCGGCUUCACCUUCGGAAAGAACGGGCCGGGUCGCCAGACUGGUUCGGGCGGUGGAGGCAAUGAUGAUGGGGCUCUGGCCACCAUUUUCUAGAGUGCCGGAUCACGAUAAUUGCUUUGUUAAACAUUGGGAAUCAUGAAUGUAUAAUACAUAUACCUGUACGAGUUUGCUCUACGUCACAUAAUCUACAGAAUCGUCC